UAAUCCUAACAGAAUUUCACGGGAAAAGACGCGCAAAUUCGCUGGACCGAACGGUCUGGUAGGCAACGCUCCACUUGUGAACCCCGGACAGUGGCUGAGACACAUGGGGAGAACGGACAGGGAGAUAGAGCAGCCGUUCUCAAUGGGGAUUGUUAUGGGGAGAUUGGCCCCACAUAAUGGUUUGAUCCUGCAUUUCAAACGGUAAUAUGCAGGUAUACACAUAGGGGGGAAAAUCGAAGAAGGGACCGCACCGCCGCUAAUUUGCAUAACGUCAGUAGGGGACCGCACUGAGAUUGAUUCCGCGAACGCGCCUGAAUACGGUGAGUGAGCUGUCUCUGGACGCAACAGUGCUUCUCACCAAUUACACAGGUACGUUCUUUGCUCUCUAACGGGUGACAGGAAACACCUACAAAUGGCUAACCCCUCUGCUACUCAGAACGUCUCGAUCAACAUUGGGCACUCUUUCCCCGUCCCUCAAGUGUUUCUGCCUCAGAUCAACCACGCGUUGAUACAGCUGGAAACGGAACUCGGUAUGGCAAGUAUCAACGUGGAACGCGCAAAAUUGUCCGUAUCUCAAGCCGUCGACCAUCUGAACUACGUUCGAGCCCACUACCCGACCUUCGCCGCUCCGUUCUACUACCUCCGGGAACGUGAAGCACAAGAUGGCGUGAAUCGAGCUUACGAACAUUUGGUGCAGGCUAGGGCAGUGGAGAGAGACGUUGAGCGGCGGAUCAGAGCUUUGAGAGGUGGGCCGUCGAUGAGCCAUGGUGCUUCUUACGGUUACGGAUACGCUGCUAAGCACCCUGGCCCCAACUAUCCGCCUCCUCCUCCCACUUGGCCUUCUUCCCAUUCGACAUAUCCCCCUCCUUCCCAGCACGACAACUCUCAGAACGCUCUCGGCGGGAACACGAUCCACAUCGAGCAACACCAAAACGCAAACGACUUCGACUGCAUGGCCGAGAUGAAGAAAUGGUUGAACUUCCUGUCGUUCGGAAAGUUGUGCGGAGUUCCUGUGUAAGAAUGAGAAGAGGAUGGACAAGCGGAACGUUUAGUUAGAACGGUUUGUGAUGGACGCUGGGGAUGGAAACAUUUAACGUUACCCUACCAUGUCAUAUAUCCGUAUGCACUUUAUCAUGUGAUAGUAGUGUCGUGAAUGAACCUGUACCGAAC